GUCACUAUCACCUAAAUUGGAAAAACAUCUCUAAUCAAACAAGAAUUCGUGAUAUAUAUACAAUACCCAUUUGAUGGUUAUGCAAUUAAAGCAGAACCCAAAAGAGUUUUUAGGUAGAUAAUGGGAGUGAAAGCCAGUAAGCUAGGGAAAUUGAUUGGAGCUAGAGGGGUUAAGAGACUAGGAGCUCCUCCAUUGGCUCCUAGAGGCUAUGUCCCAAUUUGUGUAGGAGUUAAUGAUGAUACUAGGAGAUUUAUUGUUCAUAGAAAAGCUCUUGGUGAUGCAGAAUUCUUGGAGCUUCUCUGUAAAUCAGCUGAAGAAUAUGGUUUCUGCAAUGAAGGUGUUCUGAGAAUUCAAUAUGAGGCAAAGGAUUUUGAAGAAUGGAUCAUCAGAAAGGCCAAGCUAAGGAUUAUUCGCGUUAACCCAUUGUAAAUAAUCUUUGAAAUAUAACAUGAUGUUCUGCUUUUUCCCAUUGUAAAUAAUCAUUGAAUGUAUAUGAUUAAUUUCUCCUUUGUUUGAUUGAUGUAGAUAAAUGUUAAUGAUCUAUGGUUUGUGAAUACCAUCAUUGGCAAUUCAAAAUACAGGAAACAUGUGUUGAAGGUAAUUUGCAAGAGGAGCUAUCAGCUGGUUGAAAUUAAUAAAAAAACUUGCUUAUAAAAAAA